AUGGAUGGGAUUUUCAAAAUGACAUCAGACUACCUUCAAUAUUAUGACCACGCUGGUUAGAACUUCUGCUUGGAACAUAGUUCAGUGCGCUUCCGAGUUUAGUGCCGGUUAGUUGUGUCGUAUUUCGGCAGUCCGCCUACGAAAUAGUUAAAUAAACUACUUGUGUAGUGACUGAAUAUUUAAAAAGUGUUCAUUUGAAAAACAUAUAUUGUACAUACAUAUACAUGUAUAAAUAUAUUAGAAAAUAGUACAAUCGUAAUUUUUUUAUACUUUAAAGUAACCGGUUCAUAGCUGGAAAAGUGCUAUUAUUUAUUUCACGUCGCGAGACUGAUUCACAUGCAUUUCUUUUUUUCGUCGUGAAUUUUUACACAUCAUACAUAUGUAUAUACAUACGUCUUCAUUGGGAUUUAUUUUUUGCUUUGUCAGACUGACGUAUUAAUAUUAUCGAAACAAAAUACAAACGAAGUGAAAAAUAAAAACAAGAAUGGUGUCGGUGACGAGCAAUAAUUGCUGAAUUGGCUAGAAUUGUGAACAAUAUUGUGCUUAAACUAUGUACAUAUAUGGAAUUUAAAUAGAAAAUGUGCGAAAGAUUGUAUACAAAGCAAAAGAAAAUAUACAUACAUAUUUGAUUGAGCAGAAUUGCCAGUAGAAGUCCUGGAAAAACAAAAAGUAACUAGGAUUUUGGUACUAUUGCGAAGCUUAAGAAUCAACGUUUCAAAAUACUCAACCGAUACAUCACACCUCACUGCAUUUACUGCCUCGGUUUAUACUACAACCCUACGUUAACUAGUGAUUAGAAACAAAGAGCUGUACGCAAUGGAUGCGUCCAGCAGUAACGUGAAAGUUACCAAUUGGGAGAAGUUCAAAUUGUUAUUAUGGAAAAACUGGACACUACAAUGGAAUCACAAACUAGAACUGAGCGUAGAGCUGGUCUUACCCGCCGUUUUUUCACUGUUGCUGGUGCUGGUGCGAGUGCUGGUGGAGGUGGAUACAAUGGGAGAGACCACCUACCCGGCGUUAAAUAUUUCUAAUUUAAAAAUUUUUGAUGAAGCAUUGAGCAGCAAGAGUAGAGCUAAUAAGCCCCUCUACAAACUGGCCUUCUCGCCCAAUAACACAUUUUUGGAGGCUAUAAUUACAGAGGCUACAGAAAGUUUGAAUCUAGAAGGUUAUGUAGUAUAUCCGAAUGCGAGUGCUUUGGAAACUUCAUUUACCACCAACAACUAUUUGGCCGGCAUUCAGUUUGACGAUUCUCUAAAGAAUAUCACCGAUUAUCCGCGUAACUUUGUGUUUUCUUUACGUUUCCCAAGUGAAUUACGUACAGCAACACGCGCCUUGGGUUGGACUUGGUUGACUUCGAAGUUAUUUCCGAUUAUCGAUAUAGCCGGCCCAAGAAAUCCAGAUGCAUACGAUGGCGGUCUGCCGGUGGGUUAUCUAAGAGAAGGGUUUCUGCCGGUACAACAGGCAUUGUCAAUGGCCUACUUGAAGUUGGCUGGCAAUAAGGAGACUUUGCCCUAUGUAGAAAUGCAACGUUAUCCCUAUCCGAAAUAUAUUAGUGAUCCAUUAAUCGAGGCUUUGGAGACGAUAUUGUCUUUGAUUGUUGUUUUGAGCUUCAUAUAUCCAUGCACGUCGAUAACGAAGAACAUUACCGUCGAAAAGGAGAAACAGUUGAAGGAAGUGAUGAAAAUUAUGGGUCUGGACAACUGGCUACACUGGACAGCCUGGUUCAUAAAAUCGUUUUUGAUGUUGGGCAUAUCCUCGUUGCUAAUCGUACUUUUGAUUAAGAUUAGGUGGUAUGAAGGCGUUGCUGUGCUUACCUUUAGCCACUGGUCCAUACUGUUGGUGUUCUUACUUAUCUACACCAUAGCCAGUAUUUGUUUCUGCUUCAUGAUGGCGACAUUCUUCUCAAGCGCCAGCACAGCAGCCGCCGUUACUGGCUUAGUUUGGUUUAUUACCUAUUUGCCAUUGUCGUUUACGGUAAAAACCUACGAAACGAUGUCCCUGGGCUCGAAGUUGGGCUGGUGUUUGAUCUCUAAUACCGCUAUGGGCUUCGGUUUCAAAGAAAUACUCGGCUUUGAAGGCAACGGCGAGGGUUUGCAAUGGAGCAAUUUGUUUAAAACCGUUUCCGUGGACUCUAAUCUUACUGUCGGCGCAAUCAUGUUGAUGAUGUUGCUAUCCUCUGUUAUCUAUAUGCUAAUUUGUUUGUAUGUGGAGCAAAUUAUGCCUGGCGACUUUGGCGUGCCGAAGAAGUGGAACUUUCCGUUCACCGCCAGCUAUUGGUGUGGGCAAAAAGAAUAUGCUGGUAUUGAGGAUAUGUCGAAUGGCUCGAUUGAGAUUAAAAAUCCAGAUGCCUUUGAGGCUGAACCAGCUGGCAAACAUGUGGGCUUAAAAGUGAAAAAUCUCAAAAAACGUUUCGGCGACAAAUACGUCGUCAAAGGCUUGUCGGUCAAUAUGUAUGAAGACGAGAUAACAGUGUUGUUAGGGCACAACGGUGCUGGUAAAACAACGACAAUUUCUAUGCUGACCGGUAUGUUUCCACCAACGGCCGGUACCGCGAUCAUCAAUGGCAGCGAUAUACGCACUAAUAUUGAGGCCGCGCGAAUGUCUCUGGGCAUUUGUCCACAGCAUAAUGUGCUGUUCGAUGAUUUGAGUGUGGCGAAUCACAUAGUGUUCUUUAGCCGUUUGAAAGGUCUGCGUGGUGACGAAAUUAAGGAAGAGAUAGAUAAGUACUUGCGCAUGAUCGAGUUGGAGGAUAAAGCGAAUGUGGCGUCUUCGAAACUAUCUGGUGGCAUGAAGCGUAAGCUAUCGGUUUGCUGUGCGCUAUGCGGCGGCACAAAAGUGGUACUUUGCGAUGAGCCAAGUUCAGGUAUGGACCCCGCAGCCAGACGUCAAUUGUGGGAUCUAUUGCAGGCGGAGAAAGUCGGACGCACACUACUGCUCACCACACACUUCAUGGAUGAAGCCGAUGUACUGGGCGAUCGCAUUGCGAUAAUGUGUGAUGGAGAGCUCAAGUGUCAUGGCACAUCGUUCUUCUUGAAAAAGAAAUAUGGUUCUGGCUAUCGGCUUAUUUGUGUCAAACGUGAAGGUUGUAAUUCGAACGAGGUAACUGCAUUACUAAAUCAAUACAUACCCGGUAUAAGACCAGAAGCUGAUAUUGGCGCUGAGUUAUCCUACCAGUUGCCGGAUAACUACUCGGCGAAAUUCGAAGAAAUGUUUAGCGAUUUAGAAACAAAGUCAGGUGACUUAAUGCUCGGCGGUUACGGUGUCGGUAUUACCUCAAUGGAGGAGGUCUUCAUGAAAGUGGGCGCAGAGAAUUCCGGCAAUGGCACAAAGAAGGAGCAAAUAGCCAUCAUGAAUGGUGGCUCAGGGUUCAAUGACGAUGAUAUCGAAUCUACUAACUCCGAUAGCAUGUUUUCCGAAAACACGCGCUUACUAAAAGGCACAGAUCUUUAUCUCAAUCAAUGGCACGCAAUGUUGCUCAAAAAGUUUCUUUAUACCUUUCGUAAAAAGUUUUUGUUUCUUAUACAAAAUUUGUUACCCAUAUUCUUUGUGAUCAUCACCAUCUUGAUCUCGCGCAAUGCCAGCACAUUUCGACAACUGCCUGCCAUAAAGAUCAGCUUGACACAAUAUCCAAAAACAUUUACGGUACUCGAGACGACUAGUAACAUCGCACCGGGCUCACUGGAGCAGCGUAUUGCCGCUGAGUAUAAAACCAUUGUUAGUUCUUAUGGCGGCAAUCACCAGUUACAACUUACAGGCGAAAAAAAUUUCACCAAAUAUAUUUUGGAUUUGGGCGAAACCGAACAAGUGCGUAUUAAUUCGCGUUACGUAGCCGCCGCGACGGUGAACGACAGCAAAAUUACGGCUUGGUUGAACAACCAACCGUUACACACGGCGCCGUUAACUGUGAAUCUUGUGCACAAUGCUAUGGCAAAGGUUCUUAUUGGUCCAGAAGCAUCAAUAACCGUUAUCAAUGCACCAUUGCCAUAUUCGCUCGAAACUAAAUUGGCGCAAUUGAACGCGGGUACAAAUGUGGGUACGCAGUUAGCUACCAAUGUUGGCUUCUGCAUGUGCUUUGUAAGUGCCUUCUAUAUACUUUUCCUAAUUAAGGAGCGUGAGACGCGCUCGAAACUUUUGCAAUUUGUGGGUGGCGUGCGUGUGUGGACUUUCUGGCUGUCACAAAUGCUCUGGGACAUGACCACUUAUGCUAUAACUGCCUUGAUAGUGAUUAUAACGUUGGCUUGUUUCCAAGAGGAGGGCUAUGCAUACUUCUCCGAUUUAAUUCGCUAUUUCUUCCUUCUAAUAAUGUUCGGGUUCUCCGUGCUACCUUUUACCUAUUUGCUUUCAUUCUUAUUCAGUGAACCAGCCACCGGAUUUUCGCGCGCUUCCACCAUCAAUAUAUUUGCAGGUGUUGCACUUUUCGUAGUUAUUGUAAUAAUGUCAUAUGAGGUCUUCGAUACCAAGGAUGUUGCGGAUGGUUUGCAGUGGUUCUUUAGAAUAUUUCCACACUUUUCACUUGCAAUGGGCUGGAAUAAAUUAUAUGUUAAUUGGGCUACACGUAAUACCUGCAACAGUGAGGUGCUGCAAGUGCUACCCGAUAAAUUGCGCUGCGCUUUGUUGCCAAAGUGUUGUACCACAACGCCAUAUUUUGCUUAUGCGGAACCUGGUAUUCUGUUGGAAAUUUUGUAUCUCGCCGCCACAACGGUGGUAUUCUUCUUAAUUAUCAUUUCGCGCGAAUAUGGCAUAAUUGAUGAGCUCAUUUACAUGAUCAGAAAACGAGCUUUUAAACCACCACCGCCACCCGAGGACGGUUACUUUGAUGAUGAUGUUGACAACGAGAAGAAUCGCAUACUGAAAAUGUCCACCGAUACACUGGCUAAUCAAAAUUUGGUGCUUAAUGGUGUCACCAAGUAUUACGGCAACUUUCUGGCGGUCAAUCAGGUCUCACUAUGUGUUCAAAGAAACGAGUGCUUUGGCCUGUUGGGUGUUAAUGGCGCCGGUAAGACGACGACAUUUAAAAUGAUGACUGGCGACGAACGUAUCACUUACGGUUCGGCUUAUAUAAAGGGCAUGUCGCUGGAAUCCGAGAUGAGUCAAAUUUAUCAAGAUAUCGGUUAUUGUCCACAGUUCGAUGCUUUAUUAGACGAUCUGACCGGCCGUGAAACGUUGCACAUUUAUUGUCUUUUACGUGGCGUACGUCGAGCGCGUAUAAAUCGUAUCAUUGAAGAUCUGGCGAAGUCAUUCGGUUUCAUGAAGCAUUUAGACAAGCCUACCAUGACUUAUAGCGGUGGCAAUAAACGCAAAUUGAGCACAGCGAUUGCCGUAAUCGGAAGUCCCAGCGUCAUAUAUCUCGAUGAACCGACAACCGGUAUGGAUCCAGCUGCUAGACGCCAACUUUGGAAUAUGGUUUGCCGCAUACGUGAUUCAGGCAAAUCGAUUGUGCUAACGUCACAUAGUAUGGAGGAGUGUGAGGCUUUGUGUACACGACUGGCAAUCAUGGUAAAUGGCGAGUUCAAAUGUAUUGGCUCGACGCAGCAUUUGAAGAAUAAGUUUUCCAAGGGUUUGAUCCUGAAGAUCAAAGUGCGACGCGCACCAGAUCAAUUCCGACCGUCUAUAAGAAGUUCAAGAAGCGGUCGCGGAGAUCUUUCACCCACCCAUAUGAAGAUGCAACAGGACAUUAUCUCGGUGAAGGAGUUUGUUGAGCGCAUGUUCCCGCAGGCAAUGUUACAAGAGGAAUACCAGGGCAUACUCACAUUCUACAUUCCGCUCUCAAGUAUUAAGUGGUCAAGCAUAUUCGGUUUAAUGGAAAAGAAUCGCGAUUUUCUCAACAUCGAGGACUAUUCCAUUAGUCAGACAACGCUGGAAGAGAUCUUUUUGGAGUUUGCAAAGUACCAGCGUGAAGAUCCACGAACGCUUAACAUUAAGAAAAAGCGCUGCCCUUGCUGUCCGAAGUGGCAAUUAAUGCGGAAUUGCAUAACGGGAGUUGAUUCGCAUAAAAACGAAUACCGAUUACAGGCAUCGGAUCGUGAGCUGAAUGACUUAACGAAAGGACAAUUCAGAAACAACGGAGUUGCAGUAUAAAUUUACAUACAUACAUACGUAUGUGUGUAUGCAAUAUUUAUGUACCAUAGAUUAAAACGAAAAUGUCAUGUGAUGUGAAAAAAUGUUAACUGAAGAGCUUUAGUAUGCUAAAAGCAGAAGAGUUGCAGCCAAGCGCCAAACAAUUCUGCAAGGAAUGGCUUCAACAAACAAACAAACAACUAAAAUUACUAAACUAACUAUUAAAAAAAUCAAUGUGCCUAUAUACAUAAGUAUGUGCAUACAUAUACAUAAAUGUAUAUACUUAUAUAUGUAUUAUAUAAUUACUAAUAAUAAUAUUUAAAUUUGCUUAUAUACUCAUGUAUGUAUGUAUAUAUGCAUAAACGUAACGAAAAGCCACAAAUAUGUAGGUGCAUGUGUCUUUUUGACGCGAACUCGCUUUACUAGCAUAAGUACAAGUAUAUAUGUAUGUGUUUUACUUAUAUUUAGGUGCGUGUGCGCAAAAAAUAUUUAACUAAAGCACAUUUUACUUGUGCAAAGCACUUUCGAAACAUAAAUAGCUAGUUUAAUUUACUUUAAUUUAUAAAACAUGCAUUAUUAAACUAACUAUUUGUUUAAAACAGUAAUUCUAAAUUUAAAAAAAUUUAAUUUUUUGAAAAAUUGUCAAAAUGUUUUAUAUGAAAAUUUUAUAUUUUACAUUAAUUUAUGAUAAACACGAUUUUAGUUUUAGUUCUACAAGUAUUAUAUAAUAUAAUAUUUAGGUAACAAAUUCAUAAUAAGAUAAGUCAGUAAUAAUAUUGUAAACCUAAUGAAUUAUAAAGAAUGUGUUUUUUUUUUUAAUAUAUAAUAUUUGUAUAAAUGUGCAGUUAGCUUUGAAUGUUCAAUGUAAAAACUAUGAUUUAACAUAAAUAUUUACGAUUUAAAAAAAUGUUUUUACAAAAUACCUGAGGUCAAUAAUUUUUACUUAACAAUUUACACGAAAAACAAAUGUUAAUAUAAAAAAAAAAUUUACUGUGUAAUGUUGCUAUUUAUUCUAAUAAAAUUAUGAUUUGCUAAUUUUAGCAACUACGCAA